CAAUUCUUCUAUCAUUUCAAUCGAACAUUUUCGGAAACAUUUCUUUUCCAUGUUCUCAAUCAUCAAUCUAUCUCUAUAUGCAGCUGUUUAUAUAUCUAUCGAAUAUAAUAUUGAUUAAAUCAACAUUUUUGAUUUCUGAUUAUUGAUCAUCAUCAUCAUCAUCAUCAUCGUCAUCCACCCAAUUGGAAAAAAACAUUACAAUAACAACAAUUGCAUCUUUUCUCAAAUUAAAAUCUUAAAACACAACGAAAAAGUUAUGGUUUUGAUGCAAGGUCCAUUAUUAAAAUGGACAAACAUGAUGAAAGGCUAUCAACAACGGUGGUUCGUUUUGGAUGAAAUAAAUGGAUUACUAUCAUAUUAUACAUCACCAGAAAAAUUGGUACGUGGUGAUCGUCGUGGUUGUAUACGUUUACGUGAUGCAAUAAUAGGUAUCGAAGAUGAUGAUGAUACAAUAUUUUCCAUUACAUCCGAUACUGAAGUUUUCCAUUGUAAAGCACAUUCAAUGAAAGAACGUGAUGAAUGGAUCAAUUGUUUGGCCGAUAUAAUACAAUUAUUUCAACGACAACGUAAACGUUUUCGUUAUAAGAAUAAAGCAGAAUCGUAUGCCUUAUUAUUGCCUACACAACAACAACAACAACAACAACAACAACAGUCAUCAUCUAUCGAUAAUAAUGAUGAUAAUGAAAAAAUAUUGAAUCAAUUUAAUCAACGUUUAAUUGAAACCGAUUCAUAUCUACAGAUAUUGAUAAAACAAUUUCAAAAAUUGGAUUCAAAAAUUAUUAUUCAUGAUAAAUUGAAUAAUAAUAAUGAUCAAAAUAAUUGUAAUGAUCAUGAUGAUAAACAAGAAAAAUUUUCAAUUACAAAAUAUGAACAAAAACGUAAUGAACAAUUGAAAAAAUUAAAAGAACGUUCAACAUAUUUUCUUGAUUCAAUUAAACAUACGAUUGUUUUAUUACAGAUUGCCAAGAAUCUUAAAUUUCCAGUCAACGGAAUAUAUCGCCAACAACAACAACAACAGAAAGAACAGCAAGAGCCACAACAACAAUAUGAACAUCAUCAGGAACCAAGAAAAUCGUCAUUAUCUACAGUUAAUGAGAUUAAUGUUUCACCAACAAUAGAAUCGACAACAACAACGACAACGUCAAAUGAUGAUGAUGAAAAACAAUUUGUUGUUCCAGUUUCCGUUUCUUCAAGUCCACAACAACAACAGCAACCAUCAUCUACAUUUCAAUCGGCUAAAUCAGCCUUAGAUGUUUUUGUUUAUAGUGAUAAUUUUAUAAAAAAUUAUAACCGUAAUCAGACAGUGCCAGAUUUAUCAUAUGCCAGUAGUGAUGAUGAUUUUUUUGAUGCUAAUGAUGAAUCAGAAAAUUCAGAUUUAGAUUUGAAAAAUUCAUCACUAUCAACAACAACAACAACGACAACAAAAAUGCCUUCAACAAAGAAAACUUUACGAACAACAACAUCGACAACAUCAUCACGUGAAAAUAAUGAUGAUGAUGAUGAUCAGAUAAAUUUUGAUAAACUUUAUGAAUCAAGUGAUGAUUCCGGUGAUGAUCUAUGUUCAAUAUCAUCACAUGGUAGUGUUAUAUCACAUUUGAUUGCACAGGUUAAAAUUGGUAUGGAUCUUACAAAGGUUGCCUUGCCAACAUUUAUACUUGAACGACGAUCAUUAUUGGAAAUGUAUGCCGAUUUUUUCGCUCAUGCAGACAUUUUUUGUAGCAUUCCUGAUUAUAAAACACCAGAAGAACGAAUGAUACAGGUAACACGGUGGUAUCUAUCCGCUUUUCAUGCUGGCCGUAAAGGAUCGAUAGCAAAAAAACCAUAUAACCCAAUAUUGGGUGAAGUAUUCAAAUGUUAUUGGAAUCUAUCGCAGAAUAAUGAUUCAACCAAAAGUAUUGUAUCAAAUAAUGAUGGUGGUCAAUUACCAUGGGCUAAAAUAAGUGAUUUAAUAUUUAUUGCUGAACAAGUAUCACAUCAUCCACCAAUAUCAGCAUUUUAUGCUGAAAAUAUUGACAAACGUAUUAUGUGUUGUGCACAAAUAUGGACUAAAAGUAAAUUUCUUGGUCUAAGUAUUGGAGUGAACAAUAUUGGACAAGGAUCCAUAUAUCUUUUAGAUCAUGGUGAAGAAUAUACAUGUACAUUUCCAAGUGCUUAUGGUCGUUCAAUUCUAACGGAACCAUGGUUUGAAUUUGGUGGUAGUGUACAAAUUGAAUGUCAAAAAUCCGGUUAUUCAGCUAAAAUUGAUUUUCUUACAAAACCAUUUUAUGGUGGUAAACGAAAUCGUAUUAAUGCCGAAAUAUUCGAUCCAAAUAAAAAAACAAUGGCCACAAUAACCGGUGAAUGGAAUGGUAAAAUGGAAGCAAAAUUUUCAAAUAAUAAAUCUACAACAAAAUCCGAACCAUUUGUUGAUACGAAAACAUUACCAGUCAUAAGAAAACAAGUGAAACCUAUUAAUGAACAAGAUGAAUAUGAAUCAAGAAAUCUUUGGAAAAAGGUUACAUAUGCAUUGAAACAACAAAAUGUUGAUCAAGCAACAGAGGCUAAACAUGAAAUUGAACAACGACAACGUGAACUAGUUAAAGAACGGGAACAAAAUGCAAUGAAAUGGCAGAAUAGGAUGUUUCAUAAUAUUGGUGAUAAAUGGGCUUACAAUGAUCCAUUAACAAAUCGAAAACCAUCCAAUAGAUAGCCUAGAAUCAUAUCUCUUUUUUUAUCUUUUGUCUAUUUGUAACAACCCUUGUUUCUUAUUAUGGCCAUUUUAUUAUCAUUUUUGUAUUUGUUGUCUUUCUCUCUCUCUCUCUCUCUCUCUCUUUUUCCUUAAUUGAAAUUAGUUGUUUUUGUAAACCUAAAUGCGAUAUAUAUACUUUUAUUAUUAUUAUUAUUACUAUACAUCUUAUUUAUUUAUAAU